CUCACUGACUUUUGAUCAAUAUCGAAUAUAAAAACUACAUAUCUCCCAAAAUGAAAACCUUCAAUACGUCCUGGGCCGAUGAGGUGGAGGCAGACUACGUGGAUGGUCUGCCCCCUUCGAACGAGUACAUCGAGGGUGACUACAAGUACGUGACAGAGUACAAGUUCAACGAGGAUGGCAAGAAGGUCAAGGUGGUGCGUACCUUCAAGAUCGAGAAGCAGAUCGUUCCGAAGGCGGUGGCCCGUCGUCGCAGCUGGGUGAAGUUCGGGGACUCCCGUUUGGACAAGCCCGGACCCAAUUCCCAGACGACCAUGGCCUCCGAGGAGGUCUUUAUGCAGUUCAUUGGCUCCAAGGACUUCGAACAAUCCCAUGAAACCCAACUGGAUGCCGGCAAGAACAUCGCCAAGUGUCGCAUUUGCAAUGGCGAACACUGGAGUGUCAAUUGUCCCUACAAAGGCACCUCCAUGGACAGCAAGACACUGAUGGAGAGCAAGGCCAAUGCGGCGGCUGCUGCCGCCAUUAACGAUCCCAGUAAGACAGGGAAAUAUGUGCCGCCCUUCAUGAAGGACGGCGGGGUCGGGGCCUCUGGCAAAAACUGGGGUCGCGAACGGGACGAUUCGUCGGCGGUUCGUAUAUCAAAUCUUUCCGAGUCCAUGACCGAGGCCGAUCUCGAGGAGCUGGUGAAGAAAAUCGGACCCCACACCAAGAUGUAUCUGGCUCGCGAAAAGAACACCGGUCUCUGCAAGGGAUUCGCCUAUGUGCACUUCAAGUUCCGUCAGGAUGCAGCCGCCGCCAUUGAAGUCCUUAAUGGCCAUGGCUACGACCACUUGAUCCUCUGCGUCGAGUGGUCCAAGCCCCAGCCGUAAAGGGCAUGGCCUUUUUUUCCCGAUUCGUCUGCUUAUUUGAGAACGGAAAUGAGCCGCAGUGGAAAAUAAAUCAAAAUAAAAU